AUGACAAAACCUGGGUCACGAACGGGAACUGUUAUACCAGGUAUAUCCGACGCUGAGGCACUGGGUAAUCCUCAACACUAUAGUAGUGCCGAUGGUGAUGUAGAUGGUCCUGAAUGGGCAGAUGCUCCAUCAGGUGCUGGAGAUGAUGCUGAAGCAGAGUACAAAAACUUGACAUCUGUGGAAAUACCGCAUUCGAUGCAACAUGGUGCCAAUCAAUAUUCCGAAGAACAAGAACCAAUUAAUAGGGUAGCUUCCAAUUCUACAAAAGAUACUGGCAAGUCAACUGGUCGUAAAAGGUUUUCUAAGUUAUCAGAAAAUUCUCAAGACCCUCAAUUUGAUCAAUGGAGAAAAGAGUUUAAACAUGCUUUAAAAAGAGUCUCUUCCUUAUCCAAGAAACCCGCUCAACGUUUCAAGAAGCAUUCAGCUGCCGACCAAAGAUUUAUACCAGAGGCUCCUCCGGAGAAUAAUUUUGAUAUGGAGGACAGGGAUCUGUAUACACAAAGAUUGGCAUCAGAUCUACUGGAUUCACUCUUGGCAGGUUGUCCAGGUGCUCUAUUUGCAAGUACUCAAUUUCUGAGAGAUGAGCAUGGUCAAAGGAGAGCACCUUUAGUUUUAGCAAUGCUGGGUGUCAAAGUAGAACCCUUAAACAUUUCUAGCACGAGUGAUCUUAACGAUGUUCGUGCUCGAAUGGGCUCAACUUGGGGGGAAGGCGCUGACCCAUUAGCAUUGAGACAGGGCCGUGUGAAGAGUAACUCUAGGAGCUCCAGUAGCUCGAGUGAUAACGAGGAGAGACCGUGGGCAGAAUAUUCUAAAAGGUUUUUCAAGAUUCACUUAGAGUAUGGCAUUGGCAAAAACAGACUUAAAUGGAGUAUUAUAAGAAGUUACAAAGAGCUAAGCAAUUUACAUGCCCGCUUAAAACUCGUAUCGUUCCAACAGAAUACCGUUAAGAAACUUUAUACUGACCACAACCGAUACCACAAGAUUCACAUUCCACACUUUCCUCACAUUGAUGAUUUAAGCGAAAAGCUGCAUAAUAUUAGAAGAGCAAAGCAAAGUGGUAAAGGCCAUGGCCCAGAAGUCCGUCGUAAUUAUGGGAUGGAACAGGAACAUGGAAAUUCAGCUGCUUCUUCGGGUGUUGCGAACGAUAUUUCAAGGACCAACACCAUCAGGUCUUCCAUGGAUUUCAGUAUGGAUCAAAUCAAAGUCAAACAUUUGCAAGAUCUAAUUGAUGAAAAAGAGGAUGAAUCAAAACCGAUGUAUCUAAGAAUUGAAAGAUAUCUGCGCUUAUUGAACAUUGCUUUGUGUCUCAGGCCUCAAUCUAACAGAUUAUUCCAAUUUUACGAGUUGUCUCCCGUAGGGAAUCUUUUGAGUUAUGAAGACGGCCCUCAAGGAAAGCAAGGUUAUUUAAUUAUUAGAUCUACCGCUAGAACUCAAGGCUGGCGAGUUUCUCAUUUUAGAUUCAACGAUUUCAAAGAGAUGAUUGAAAGACAUACCACUAAGUGGUUUUUGGUAAGACACUCGUACAUUAUGUAUGUGUCAGAUCUCUACUCCACCACACCAUUAGAUGUUUUCUUAAUCGAUCAUAAGUUCCAAAUGAGAACUACAGGAAGUAAUCGAAACGUUUUGGAAGACAAUGGUGUCGAAGACGAAUGGAAUCAAGGAAGCCCAAAAAAGAUUUCCACUAACUUGCUAAUUACUCUAGAAAACAGUGAACGUAAAUUGCAAAUGAUCUGCAAAUCAGAGGCCUCACUGAGACAAUGGACCUCCUCGAUCAAAUUAAUGACAAAAUUAACCCCAUGGUCAAAGAAACAUCGUUUCGACAGUUUUGCUCCCGUAAGAAAAAAUGUCUUUAUGAAAUAUUUAAUCGAUGGUCGUGAUUACUUCUGGGCAUUAAGUGAAGCCCUAUCCAUGGCGGAAGACGUCAUUUACAUUCACGAUUGGUGGUUAUCUCCAGAAUUGUACAUGCGCAGGCCCGUCAAUGGAAACCAACAGUACAGAAUCGACAGAAUCCUCAAAGAACGUGCUGAGAGUGGUGUUAAAAUCUUCAUCAUCGUUUACAGAAAUGUGGGAAAUACUGUGGGGACAGAUAGUUUGUGGACUAAACAUUCCAUGCUGGCCCUACAUCCAAACAUUCAUUUGAUCAGAUCUCCAAACCAAUGGUUACAAAACACUUACUUCUGGGCUCACCAUGAAAAGAUGACGGUGAUUGACAAUACAGUUGCAUUCAUGGGUGGUAUAGAUUUAUGCUACGGUCGUUAUGAUACCCCUGAACACGUUUUGCGUGAUGACCAUGAUAGAAUACCAGACCAAAUUUUCCCAGGUAAGGACUAUUCCAAUGCACGUAUUUGCGAUUUCUACGAUUUGGAUAAACCUUUUGAAUCCAUGUACGACAGAUCUCUUGUGGCCCGUAUGCCCUGGCAUGAUGUUCAUACGAUGACGAUUGGUGAGGCAGCUCGUGAUAUGGCAAGGCACUUUGUUCAAAGAUGGAACUACUUGUUAAGACAAAAGCGUCCUAGUAGACCCACUCCUCUUUUGACUCCUGUCAGUGAUUUCACUGAAGAACAAUUGAAAGGUUCACCAUUUUUCCAGAUGUUGAAACCAAGAGCUACUUGCGAAGUUCAGGUAAUUAGAAGUGCAGGCUAUUGGUCGUUAGGUCUAAAGGAAACUGAACACUCUAUUCAAAAUGCAUAUUUGAAAUUGAUUGAAACCAGUGAACAUUACAUUUACAUCGAAAACCAAUUCUUCGUUACUACUUCACAAUGGGAUGGUGUUGUCAUUGAAAACAAAGUAGGUGACGCUAUUGUUGAUCGUGUCAUUAGAGCUAACAGUGAAGGUAAGGCAUGGAAGGCAUUCAUUUUAAUUCCCGUGAUGCCAGGUUUUGAUUCCCCUAUCGAUCAACCAGAAGCCUCAAGUUUGCGUGUCAUCAUGCAAUGUCAAUAUCAAUCCAUUUCUCGUGGUGAGACUUCCAUCUUCGCAAGAUUAAGAAAAUUAAACAUUGACCCCUUGCAAUAUGUUCAAUUCUAUUCUUUGAGAAAAUGGUCCACAUUAGGACCUCAUGACAAAUUGGUCACCGAAGAACUUUACGUGCACGGGAAAGUUUUGAUAGUCGAUGAUCGUGCAUGUAUUGUUGGUAGUGCAAAUAUCAACGAGAGAUCACAAUUAGGUAACAGAGACAGUGAAGUUGCCGCCAUCAUUAGAGAUACUGAUUUGGUCAAGACUAAGAUGGAAGAUAAAGAAUACUAUGCGGGCAGAUUCCCCUGGGAAUUAAGACAGAGGUUAAUGAGGGAGCACUUGGGAUGUGACGUGGAUUCUGUAGAAGUUGUUGAGCGGAAAUUCGGUAGAUUAAAAGAUCUGGCUAAAAAGAAUUACAACUCGUUACACAUCUUGAGUCCCGGAGCCAGUAACGAUGAGAAGCAGACUUCAGCAAUGAUCGAACUUGCCUAUCGUGAAGUAUUUGAAAUCGAUUGCAGUAGAGCAUGGGAACAUAUGUACAAUGGUUAUCCUGGAAUUUUUGAGUCUGAAGGCAAAGGUAUAUUGACACCUGAUGAAAAAAAGUCCAAUGAUAGCAAAGUGGAUCUGUUAUUCAACCCACCCAUUGAGACUAUGGGGAACAAGGGUGAAAAAACAACCUUCCCCAAGAAUGACCCGGGCAUGCCACCAACGGAUGACGAAAUCAAUGAUUGUAGGAAUACCAACUACCAUUCUUUCAACUAUAGGGCUGGUGAAGACAAUGUAGGUAUUCGAGGCAAGAAACCGAUCAGUUCGGAUCCAAGAAUUACUAAUGACCCUAACCAUAUGGACGAUGUGAAUGGAUUAGGACCAGAUGAAUGGCGUAAAGUAACCAAGAAGUUCAAAGAAUCUGUCACUGACCAGCUAAGGGUUUGGGCUGUAGAUGCUUUAUCCACGAAGAUUAUCGAUGGUGCAAAGAGAGCUCAUCUAAGCUUUUUACCAGAUAGAACUGAGAUUGAAGAAUAUUUACAAGCUCCAGAUAUUCCUCUAGAAAACAAAUGGGAUAUGCUAAAGAGAAUCUGUUAUCUACAACACCUAUCCCACAGAAAACAAAAACGUGAACAAGAGGAUUUGAGCCGUCAAAGAUUUGGGGGUCAACAGCAAAAACGAAUGCAAUCUGAGAUUGUGGGACAAGAAGAACUCGAUGAGAGUUCCAUUGAUGAACUUCUUGCCCAACUUGCCCCUCGUUUUGGAGAUGACCAGUACUCUGUGAGCAACCUGUUAAAUCUCAAUUUUAUUGACCCAUACUCGUUUGAAGAUCCUAUGUCAACUGCAUUUUCCGAAGAUUUGUGGUUCUCAGUAGCUAUGAGAAAUUCCCUAUUGUUCCGCUUAGUCUUCCAUUGUCAACCAGACAAUGCAGUACAAACUUGGAGAGAUUUCAAGGAUUACAAACAUAUGGCUUCACAAUUCGACGAAAAUCAAGAUAAGCUAGCAGCUGAUAUAGUAAACAACAUGAAUGCUCGAAGCCAUGACCUGCCAGUGGAAGAAGACGCUCAGGGUUCAAUACAUCAUGGUCAAACUAUUGCAGGCCUACGCGACAACAUACAUGGUGAAGAUGUUGGCCUUCAAAUGACAAGAAGAGCCAUUUCCGACACCCAAAGAGGCAAUGCUUCAAAGGCCAUAGCUACGAAAAUGAGAUUUGCAAGUAGUCUGCUGUACGGAUACGAUCAAAGGGUCUUUGACAAACAAACGGCUCGCAGAAUGUUAGAUAGGAUCCAUGGACAUCUUAUUAUUUUCCCUACUGAAUGGUUAGCAAGAGAAGUCGAAUCUAAGAAUUGGUUCUAUAGUGCCGACAGAUUGCCUCCUAUCGAAAUCUACGAUUGA